CCGGCGUCCGCACCUCCUCCUCUGAUCCUCCCCACCCGCCGCCGCCGAGGCCCGCUUUACCCUCCUGCCACCACCGCGCAUCCACCCCCUCCCCCCCUCCUCCUUCCCCGCCUCUCCGUGGUCUCCUCCUCCCGCAGGUUGGCGCCGCCACGUCCCCUCGCCUCACCGCGGCCAGGGAAAUUUUUGAUACGCCCCCGUGAUUGCUCCCGGCAGCAGCAGCACCGCGGUCGCUUCAAGUAAAAAAAGUGACUUACUCCAAACUGUUGAACUGUAUGGAGAUGGGAAUGACCCCAGAACAGAUCUAUGGACAAAGUGUGUAUGUUCCAGCUGCAAAUACCUAUCCGUAUGGUUAUACAGAAGUUGGAUCACCUAUUGAAUGGUAUAGUAAUCAAAGCUCUUUAGGAUAUGAUGGCCAAGACGUUUAUUUUCCGGGUUUUCAAACUGAAGGCACACAGUGCGUGUACUAUGCGGCCACUGACAAUGGAUCUAUUCACCCUUCCUUCAGUCCUUACCCUAUAAAUUCUUCAUUCAUAGUCGACGGUUCAUAUCUGCCCCAAGAAUAUGUCGCUGAUGCUAGUGACCAAACACGCCAAAUAGUUCCCUCAUCCUAUUAUGUUCCAACAAUUCUUCCUUGCACACCUGAUAAUGUUAUGGGAGGCACAUCCGCACCUCUUCACCCCCCAAAUGUUGCCUUCGUUCCUAGUUUGCCUGGCUAUAAUGCAACAUCAACAAAUCACGAUAUUGUCACAAAUCCACCUGCACAAUCUACUAUUGUCUCAAAGCAAUUUCUGGAUCAUAUGAGUGAACCCAAGGUUCAAUUGCACAAUCCGGUUCCACUGAAGAAAGAGCUGGCAAAUGGUUCCUUAAUGCCUGUUAAGCAUCCUCAUACUUCAGUGUCACAGGCAUCUACACAUCCUUUUGCAAUAUCUUCUGCCAAGCAUUCACCACAGGAGAAAUUGUCUGCAAACAAUCGCUCUGGUUUUGCUGGAUCCGAUGUUCAGAGGUGGGCUGCAGCUGAGAAAUUUGAUCCUAUUUCAAAUUUGAGUGGCCAUAUGGUUAGUUCUAGGCCAAACAUGAAUUUAUCGAAGGAUGGUGCGGAGAAACCUAGCAGUCAGAAGUCUGCUGCUGCUGCCAUAAUAGGAAAAUCCUACACAUUAAGUCUCUCUGUUGGUGAUCCAGAAGGGACUAUCGUUAUACGACCUGACCAAUAUAACCGUGAUGAUCUCCGAGUGGACUAUUCCUUUGCAAAGUUCUUUGUUAUCAAGUCAAUUGGUGAAGAAGAUGUCCACAAAUCAAUCAAGUAUGGUGUAUGGUCAAGCUCUUCUAGUGGAAACAGCAAACUGGACAGUGCAUUCAGGGAUGCUGACAGGAUAGCUAAGAGGAAUUCUACCAAGUGCCCUGUUUUUCUGUUCUUCUCUGUCAAUGGUAGUGGGCACUUCUGUGGCAUGGCCGAGAUGGUUGGUCCUGUUGAUUUUCAUAAGGACAUGGACUUUUGGUGUCAGGAUAAAUGGACCGGUAGCUUUCCAGUAAGAUGGCACAUCAUUAAAGAUGUACCUAAUUAUACCUUGCAGCAUAUUUUGCUGCGGAACAAUGAAAACAAGCCUGUCACACAUAGCAGAGAUACACAAGAAAUACCAUAUGUUCCUGGAAUAUCUAUGCUGAAGAUCCUUAAGGACAUUAAAGUGAAGGAAUGUUUGUUUAAUGAUUUCAUGAAAUAUGAGGAGGAUGAAGCGAAAAGUAAACCUUAUUUCAGGAGGUCCAAGUUGAGCCAUAAUGCUCCAGAUUUUGUUCCUGUUGCUCAGCGCAAAAAAGACGUCUCUGAUGUUCAGCCACCAAAAUCAGGCAAUGUACUGAUAGACAGAACAUCGGAGAUACAGAACAUGUCAGUGAAGCCACUGGUUAGUAAUGUUAUCAAGCAUCAGGAUCCAUGCCUACAAGUUGUUGAAAAACAAGGGAUCGAUGAUGGUAAAGAAAACGGACAUCAAGAGAAGUGUAAUGUCAAGCAGGCUAAUGAUAAAGUGGUGAAAACUGUAACUAAGCAGCCACAGGCAUCAACUAUGAAGACAAGUGUGGAUGGUAAACAACAGUAUUGGAAGAAGGUUGAGAUCCCUCGUCAAAACACUAACCAAAACACUAACCGUAUUCAUGGCUCAUCGAUAGCACCUGAAAAUAAUCUGAACGGAUCGGAAGCUCCUGAAAAUAAUCUGAACAGACCGGAAGCACCUGAAAAGCAUAUGAGCGGAUCGAAAGCACCUGAAAAGCAUCUGAACGCAGUCAACCGUAGCUCAGCAAUCGUCAGUUUGAAGAAACCGAAAGAGGAAACAAUCGUUGCUAAAGUUGGUUCUCUUGCUAUCAGCUCUCAGAGCAAGGUGGCCGCUGACAAGAAUGCCUCAGUUGAUGUCGUGAAGAUUGGCUCAAUGCCGGUCUUGGUUAACACAGCUAACCUGUAGGUGGAGAGUUCCUUUUUUGUCUCGAUGCCUUUUUCUUUUUGCGUCUAGCAGGGCCUGCUCCUGGUAUUACUUAUCAUCAUAGGCUGUCUGUGUUCUGUUUAGUGUUGCUCGUCUUAAACGUGGCAAAGAAAAUGGGAAAAAAAAGGAAGAAAAGAAGAAAAAAAAUUAUAGAUUCUAGUGGUUUCCUUGUUGAGAAAUUUUGCUAUUUCUUUUGAAAGGAAAGGAAAUGACAAUACAAGAUAUAUCCUCUCAAACAUUAAGAGAAGAAGAGAAGCAAAUGAUUGGGGACUGAAUGAAUUCCCAAUUUUGGCA